UCAGCAGAAAAGGCCGACAGUGUGGGAAAACACCUCAGUCACUUCUACACGAGAUUGUCAGCGACCGUGAGCGCGAGCGAGCAUAGGACACGUUUUUAUCCAUUGAGACACGCGCAAAGGCUAAGUUUAAACCAAACUCGUAGAGCUGAAAAUCUAGGCCACUGCUCAGUAAAGGAGGGAAAGAUUUUAAAUAGGAGGCACAGAGCAGGAAACACAUCGAGUGCUUUCAGAAUUAGAACACGGCCGAGGAGAGGAGUCAAGUUUUUUUGCAACGUAAAAAACUCUCAGCUGCGAUCGUAUCUGACGGCGACCCGCUGUGACGGGAGUUCAGUUGAAACCGAGAAACGUUACAGACUCGAGCAGUGUUCGGCCGGUGUUUGUCUGCGUCUAUAUUUAUCCUCUAUGGUCGUGUGGUCCUCGACCACGCCAACAUCACAGACUCAGAUUUUAUUAUAAUAUCUGAACUGUUUCUAGGAAAUCACCUGUACAGUGAAAGGAACUCAGUGGCCCUCAGAAUUCCAGGACUUCUUUCCGAUAUGAUGGUACCGGAGCAGAAGCCUGUUAUCAGCCACAACAGCGACGCUUACGACACGGACAACAGCCAGCAGAGCUCGGACUCCCAGGAGAACGGCGAUUCCAGGGAAUUUGUGGACGACAAGCGGUUAGCGAGGAAGAGACCCUACAGUAAAAGCAUGUCGCCAGACUCGUGUGGCAGCCUUGAGCUGACGGAUUUAGACAACCAGGGAGAGGGAGGCAUCAAGAGAAAGAAGGCCGGCAGCAUCAGUGGCAGCAAGGUGCCCCAGACCUUUGAAGACAUUCAGAACCAGCGCGUGCUGGCCAACGUCCGAGAGCGUCAGCGCACUCAAUCUCUCAACGAAGCCUUCGCACAACUUCGGAAAAUCAUCCCAACACUCCCAUCAGACAAACUCAGUAAGAUACAGACUCUGAAGUUGGCGACGAGAUACAUUGACUUUUUGUACCAGGUUCUACGUUCCGACGACGCCGAUAAUAAACUGGCCAGCUGUAGUUACGUUGCCCACGAAAGACUGAGUUAUGCUUUUUCUGUGUGGAGAAUGGAGGGGGCGUGGUCAAUGAACGGACACUAGCCCCAUUGGACAAGGGGGUGUGGAUUAUUUCUCAGAGAUUCAGGUGCAGAGGUCCAAGAGAGGAGUGUUGUCAAGGUCGGAACUGCGUGCGUUAGCCCCCUACCGGUCGACUCAACAACGCGAAUGUACAGCCAGGCACAGCUGUGUUUACCUACCAUGGAGUUAUUUGUAUGUCUUUUGCGUCGAUGGUAACCCUAACGUGUCACACGGCACGGCCGUGCCCGCCUCCAGUGACACAAGGAACGCUUAAACGUGAGAAAAUGAAAACUUUAAGGCAAAUGAUGUUGAUAAAGCGGAGAUUACUCGCGAACUGUAAACACACCGUUGAAUCGAACCUUUGGCGCGGUGCAACUGUAAACUUCCUCCGGGGGAAAAAGGCACUGAGGUUUACACUGAGGUUUCACUGAGUGUUGGUAACUCCACAUGAUAGAUUAUUUUGUGUAAAGAUAUUUAUAUACAAAUGUUUUACUAACGGGUAGGUCCGGGUAGACCUCACGUAGUAUUGUACAAGAAGAUUAGUGUAUAAGCGAGCGUCUCAUUUUUUUUUCAUCUCAGCCAUUACAUUAAUCUCUGCCUGCGAAGGUGCUAAGCUUGGGCUAACACGAGGAUGUUCGGAGAUUUAGACUUAACGAGAAGGUCGGGAAGGGCAUGCAAUUAACGGAAAUGGCAUCCUGCCUUAGACAGUGCCUGCUUUGUAGAACGUGUAGGCUUUUUAUCCCUUUUCUUUUUCUGGCAAUAAUAUGAAAUUGCUUAUUUAAUUUUUAUUUUACAUCCCAGAGAUUUAUCAUUACGUUGUCAUUAGUUAAGAAAUAUCGUAACCCAUUUUUCUUUUUAGAUUUAUUUACAACGAAUGUUCAUCCACAGCCUUUUUGUUAAACUUACCAAAAAUAGUACGUGUAUAAAAGUACCAAAUUUAUUUAUUUAGUUUUUUAUAUACAUAAGAGCUCGUUAAAUUGAAAUCUAUUUUUAAACCUUUCGUAAACCCCUCUAUAAAAGAAACACAUUUAGUUCAUUUAAAUUGUAAAGCACAUGUACAUGCAGUUUUCAUACUUCUUUUAUGAAUUACUUCACAUGUAAUUAUUUUAUACCGAUAUAAGAUGUAAAUAUUUUUGGAACCUAUAGAGGGUUCCUGGUAAGUAGCAUUUAUAGUUAUAUAAAUCAGUAGUUUAUACCAGACUGAAGAGGUAUAAAGAGAUUAGGUAAAUUAAUUGCAAUGUAACUUGUCGUACACCAGUUACAUAGAUAUAUAAUAUGUCAGCCGCCAUAUUGUGCCAAAUUGUACAGCCCGCUCAGGUAAAACCGUCCCGAGGUUGAACUCUAUUUACGUAGAAGUAGAUGAUCAUUCGUAGAAUUUAUCAAGAAUUACGUUAUGCGGAUGAGAACGUGACUGUGCGUGCGUGUGGGUAUGUAUGAGUGUGUGAAAGAGAAAUGGGUUUUAUUUUCAACCAAAACAUUAGAUGUUUUCAACCUUAUUAUAAAGAUAAAAGUGAAUCAUUGUGCCAUAUUUGUUUUUAAUAUAUUAUCAUAAAAGCUACCAAGGUAAUGAGUGUCUCAUUAACACACUGGAUUAAAUUUGUAUAAAAUAGGUAUUAACUUAGUAUAAAUGUUAAGGAUACAAACCUGCGAUAUCCCGAAGAGAUAUAUAGAUUUUAUGUAAAACGGUCAGUGGACUGAAUUUUUUUUUACCAAAUUAAAUAAUUAAUCCUGAAAGGAGUUUUUGUGAUUCAGUGCCAAGUCUUUAAAUGUGAGCUGCUAACGUGUAUCUUUAGUAUUAAAUGAAAGGUGCUACUUUUUUGCAUGUUUAAGCAAGUUUUUCCCUAUACAUUGGUGCUUUACGUCAAAGAUGUGAAUUCGUGUUACAGACAUUGAAAAUACAGCACGCUAAAAGCAAAAUUUUCCCGCGUAAUAUGUAAUUUAGUUAAAGAGCAUCAACUUACAUUGAUUUUCAUCUGAAAUGCACAUCUUUAUGUUGGUAGAGUUUGGUUUAUAGCCAAAUGUUUAUAUUUAGAAAGUUAAUAAGUCAGUAUGAGAUGUUUAGUAUUAUCUAGGUAUUGUUUAUUUAAGAAAUAAUCUUAUCGGUCUUGUCCAUCCAGUUGUUAAUGAUAUAAAUAAAUGUAAAUAUCUUGUUA